ACAUUAGGACAUUGGAACAAGUCUAUAACUGAUUUGCUUGGUUCGUGGUCAAACCUCCCUAUCCGACCGGAGAUUACUGAGCUAAAAAAGCCACAUGUGAAAGACUACACAGCCACCCAAUCAUAGAUACCACGUGGAGAUAAUGAAACUUGGAUCCCACAGCUAUAUAAACCCUCUAUGGGUAAUGCUCUUUCCUCACAAGUCACAAUUACAAAAACUAGAUAAGUUCACAACAUCAAAUUACAAGCUUUUAUUCUGCAGAGAAUGUCUAACAACAGUCAGAGCAUGAGCUUCAACGCUGGCCAAGCUAAAGGCCAGACCCAGGAGAAAGCAAGCAACCUGAUGGACAAGGCCUCCAAUGCUGCCCAAUCUGCUAAGGAAUCUCUCCAAGAGGGUGGACAGCAGCUGAAGCAGAAGGCACAGGGUGCGACUGAGGCCAUCAAGGAAAAGACGGGCAUGAACAAAUGAGAAGCACGUUCCAAAUAAAAUUUUACGUUUCCUUUUACUACCAAUAAUAAUAACUAGAUAGAUUUUGUCUGUCUAAAUCCUAAGUUCGAAGCCAUUAGGCAUCUUUUUGUUCUCUGAAUUUAUUCAAUAUCUAUCGAAGGGUUGUUGGCCCUUGUCUCUUGAUCAAUAUGUAGCCGUGCACUUAUUUAUUUAUGUAAUAAAGUAUUUUGAAAUACAUAAAGGGAAAUUGCACCG